AUGCUUCGUCGGGCUGUAUUAACAGGAUUCCGCUUUGUCAGGCGUAUAAUAACAGAGGGUAUGUACUGUUUUAAUUUUGAUACAGAGUUUGAAAAAUGACCAACUUUAAUUACGAAUUAUAAGAAAAAGAAGAGUUUAUAGUUUAUUGUACCUGUCUAAGCACUCAAUACACAUGACAUCAAAAACAUGAUAUCAUAUACAGCAUGUCUAGAAGACUCGCAGCUUAUCGACGAAGUAAAUUGUUUAUUUUUGUAACAAUUAACAAAGUUGACGAGGCCAACAUACUCGCUUGCAACAAGUCUGAUGUUGUCUGCAUGCAACAAGUCUGAUAUAUCCUAUGCACAUAACAAGUUGAUGGCAACGAGCUCGUAGCAACUUGUUACAAAGCAGACUGUAUUAAUCUUCAAGUUGUUGCAACAACUUGUGGCAAGUCUGUUACCAUCAUGCAACCUUGUAACAAAUUGUUAACAGUUGACUACCCCGGACUACAGAACAUGUAGGCUUGACUGGUAUAUAUCAAUCAUAUUUUUAGGCAUUUCUGUGGCACCUCGGUCCACUUCAAGUGUUCAAAAUGCUAUUGUACUAAAAGCUAUUCCUGAUCAAGUACUGCAGCCGCUAAAUGUGAGAAAUUUUUUCUUUGCUCACUGGCUACAAAAAGCCUCAAGAGCUGCUCGAUUUAAAUGUAAGUGCAAAUAAGCUAUCAUUCUUUAUGGAAAUCACAUUCUUUAUUAGAUAGAAAUUAAAUUUAGAUAUUUAAACACACUAUAAUUUACAGGUAACCCAAUCCAACGAAUGGUGGGCAACAGAAGAAAUCCAACCCCCCUGUUUUUGGCAUUUGUUGGAUUUACAUAUAUGGGUAAGAACUAAGAACAGUGCUGGCUGUUUGCAUAAAGUUAAGCUAUAUUGUUUUUUAAAUAAAGAAUUGGUGAUAAGGAGCUAAAACUACCAUGAAUGUGGUUGGUCACUACUUCCAAUCAGUGAGGUUAUAAAUUAUAAGGUUGAAUGGAUAAUGAAACUGUAGUGUGUAAAUAAAUAGCUAUUUUCUUGUGAUAAUUAGGAGUAAAAGAGAAUGAAAUUUCAGCAACAUGUUCACCUGAAGAAGAGCAACAGCACAGUUGGCUGCAAGAUAUGUUACAAAGCAGAGCAAAGGUAACCAUUGUUGUUCUCCUACAAAUGCUGUAUCUGCAUUUGAUAACAUGAAAAUGUACAACACAAGAGAUUCUUAGUGGAUUAUUUUGAUAAAUUAUCUUUUUCAGAACAUUCCUGAGAAAUCGGUGAAUCAUACUGGAAAGAAAUUGAAGGAUUAUAACAUCAUGGAGCGUCUUGGCAAAGCGUCUUGCAAUUCAGCUGUUUAUGCUGCAGAAAUUCAUGAUAAUCUGGUAGCUGUUAUUAUGAAUGUUUGAAGCAAUAUUCAUUUACUAGUCUUCAAAAAUGUCAUAAUGAUGUCAUAAUAUGAUGUCAUGAUGAUGUCAUUAUCUGCACCAUCAAGAUGAUGUCAUCAUAACAUGGUGUCAUGAUGACAUCAUAUUGUGACAUCAUAAUCUGACAUGAUUGCUGUGAGUAAUCAAUUUUUACAAAAUGUUAGGAUUUCAGGUCCAUAAACCAAGUAGCCUGCGAGCCUGCUUGCAGACUACAAACCAAGAUGUGUAUUGGUUAUAAUUCAUCAUUUAUGUUUUUCUCAGUGUGCUCUGAAACUAUUGUUCAACUACAGUGCAAGCUCUCAAAGUGUAUCACUGGAGAAAGUAAGCAAUUUGUUUUAAGCUUAAUAUAUAGAAGAAUGCCAUAACUGUAUGUUUUCAAUGGAUAUGAUAAAUUGUGUGUGAAUGACUAGUAAAUAUUAGUUUAUUGGAAUGUUAAUAUUUGAUUGUUAGGCCUUCUCUAAAGAACUUGCAGUGUUACCAAGGAAUGGGGAAAUACCAACAAUGAAAGGUAUAAGUACUGUAUGUAACAAUUUUACAGGUAAAAAAUGUGCAAGCAACCAUAUACGCCCUUUCACAGAUACGCUGCACCAUGUCCAUGUACAGGGUUUUCUAGAAUUCCCUGCUGUGCACAAGUACCUAGUUUAGUAUGGAUGAGCGCACAACAGAUUUAUCAGUCUAAAUCAGAUUAUUUCAUAAAUCUGAAGUGUUGUUUUAAUCCAUAUCUUGGAUUUCUGAUAUUUCUUGGAUUAACACUUUAUACUUAUUCUAAUGCAGAUACGUCAAGAUAUACAAGACUUCCAAGUCAUUUUAAUGUGAUGAAAAUUCUGGGGCAUUUUGCUGACAACAUUCCAGUACUUUCUGAUGCAGUGAACAGCUAUCUAGCAGCUUUGCCAUCGCGUUUGUAUCGGGAUGGUUAUGGACGAAACAGAACUAUCUUUUAUGUCAUGCCAAAGUACGUGUAAAGUGCGUUUGAAUAUAUUAGACAGUGUUAAGAUAAAAUAUAACUAUAAUUACUGAAUGUCAAUCCAAGUCUACAAUACCUUCUCAUAUUUAUAUCCAUCUGUUUCACAUCGCCAGAUUUUCAGGAACACUUCACGAGUACAUUGCAAAACAUAAAGACAAUCUCCACACCAAGACCUCAUUAGCAUUAUUGGCGCAACUACUUGAAGGCUUGCGUCAUCUUAAUAUCAAUGGAGUGGCACAUCGCGAUCUGAAAAGUGAUAAUAUUUUGGUCAAUGAAAGCGCAAAUGGAAUGCCUCAUUUGGUUAUAACUGACUUGGGGUGCUGUCUAGCUGAGAAACGUCUUGGUUUAAAAAUGCCGUUUGAAACUGACGAGACAAGCAAAGGUGGAAAUGCUGAACUGAUGGCACCUGAGGUAGGAAAUAAAUUUAAGUAUUUUUUAGUUCGUAUUUACUUUGCAUUUAACGCUAAAACUUGAGAUAGAUAUUUUUUAAAUUCUUCAGGUGGUUAGUGCCGAACCUGGUCCUGGGCAGAUAAUUGACUACAGUAAAUCUGAUGGUACGUGUUGUUCAUUCGUACACGAGAUUUUUCUCCCAAAAAUUGAUUGCGUGUGGUGGCUUUCACGGAACAGCUAUAGUGGUCAAUAAUAGAAGCAAGAUUAGAAUUAAACUACAUCUCUGAAUUCUGUUUAUUGGCCUCCAAACACAAGUCAUACAAUGAAAAAAACUAACAGUAUUUUCUCAUUCUGAUAACUGCAGGUUCAUCACCAGCUGCUGCACGAUAUAGUGUUUAAUGAAAUCAAGCCUGUUUCUUAAUUAUUUUCAUUUCAUACGAUCUGUUCUAGAGUGGGCCGCGGGUGCAAUUGCGUAUGAGAUUUUCGGUCAGAAACAUCCAUUUCAAAACCAGGCUGUGGAUAAAGAAUCUUACAAUAUUGGCGAUCUCCCUGAAUUGAAGGGGUAUGCAUUGUAUGUUGUACUGUACGAUGUUGUAUUCAUCCUUACUACCUUAGAGAAUGUUGGUGAACAGACAUUAGUAUAUAUACCUUUCUUCUCUGUGACUCCCCCUCCCCCCCCCCUAGCGCCGCUACGCAAGCUACCCUUUGCUGUGAUCGGAGAACUGAACUAUAUUUUUUUGUGUUUAGGGCGCCAAAGUCUGUUCGUGUUCUUAUCAAAGAGCUCCUACAAAGACAUCCAAACGACAGACCUAACAUUUCAUUGGCUGCUACUGCUUGUCAGAUGUUGCUUUGGGCACCAGACUUGUGCAUGGUGGAUAACCAAGCGAGUAGUUCAUUGGACAAUGUUAAACGGUAUUGAAAUAUUUUUCCUUAACUAAAUUGCUGUUUGUGUGAUUAGUGUGAUGUCAAUCACAAAUUUCAGUAGUUAGUCAAGCUACUGUAAUUCAGGCCUCGUAUAUAGAAGGUUAUGUAUUUUUAUUCGUUUAGCGUGAACUUCGAUUACUAUACUAAUAAGCGUUAAUUAUUUUCAUUAUAGUUGGUUUGAACGCAUGACAUUGUCUCUGACAUUUGGAAUAUGGGAAUACCAAGAUCAACAGGAUAUUCCAGUUGAAAAACAGGCAAGUGUCGUGUUGUAGAAACAGUACUAAUACACCCUUUUGGAAAGUACGUCAUAUAGAGCCUCGAUUUCGUGUAUGUGACGUUGUUAAAGCUGGAAGGGUGAAUUUAAAAUAAUACUGGAUAUAGCUAUUUUUUCAAAUGGUUUAGCAAGAGGAAUUCCCAACCUUAGAUUUUGAAUUAAUAACUGAACCAGUUUAACCAUAGUUUGCUUUGUUUUAGGUCUUACUCUCUUUCCUAUCUCGUACGAGUGUUGAUGAAAUUGUGAAAGCGAUCCGAUGGCUGCGUGACUCUUCAAACGGAACAUGAUAUUUAACAGAUUCACUUGCCUGCAGAUGCGUGUUUAUACUAUAGACUUUAUAUUAUUUGUAGUGCGCAAAAAUACAUUUUGAUAUAUUAAACAUAAGAAUAAGCCACGUGCAAUAAUCUCUGCACGCCUAGAAAGGUUUGCGACAAUAUUAAACCAAUACGCAGUGUAUAAUGUAUUAAUACUUUCAUCGAUUAAAAUUGUGGUAUUUUGUGUGACUUGUGUCAGUGUAUUUUGUUUUCUUCAAACCCAAGAAAAAAGGCCUGCUCGCAGGCUGCAUCAUUCGCGUUUAUCCACUCGGAAGGUUAGACACAAAAUAGAGUUACUUGACAUAACUUAACAUAAGGUCACAUAAUUAUAUUUUUUACUUUGGGCGGUCCGCUCGGGAACCAGUCAAAAUGCUGCACUUGGAAAUGGAUCGCAUUGCUAUAAUGCUGAUUGAUAAAAUUGACUAGUUCUUUUUGGACAAAUUCUGGAACUUAGAAUGCGAAACUCCGCCCAGGAACAGUACGAGAAAAUUGGUAUAAGGCCAUAUAAAAUAAAUUCCUCGAUUCUCAUCGCUAAAUUUUAAAAACUCCCAGGAGGCGGGAGGUUUAUAUUUUAUAUUUUAUGUCAAAAUAUAAAAAAAAAGUUUAAAAUUUAAAAAAUUGGAGAGGGAGGUCUUUUUAUAUUUGCCCUUAAAUAUAUUAUAGAAGAACGCUAUAUAAGUGGAUAAUUGCACAUGCGCUAAAUAAUGAACAUGCAUAAGGGUCCACACAAAUCGUAAUAAGGCUAUAAGCCCAUUUUUUCCUUCAGUAUUCCAAGCAUCCCUUAACAUGUUGCAAUAUUAACGGUAAAACAAUUUUAUAUCGCAAAAAUUCCAAUAUAAAAUAUAAAAAUAACUAAAUCUCUGAAGAUGUUCGGUCGGGCAGUAAAUUUAUAUUUUAUAACAAAAUACAAAAAUAUAUCAACGCGGAAACCAAAAUAUCGUCGGGCGGUGAUGAGAAUCAAGGAAUUUAUUUUAUAUGGCCUAAGUACCUGUUUUUGUGAAUUAUGACCAUGAAGAAGCUUGUAAUGUAUCAGAUGCAAAAUCCUGCUGAUGAAUUAAGUUCAUUUUUCUCGCCAAAUGUCCUUCAUGGUUUCAAGACUAUCGAAGAAUACGUUUUCAUGAAAGCUUUGGCUUAGUUGGCUUGUUAUUGUACAAUAAUCUUAUACAACACGGCUGCUCAUGCCGUAUACAUAUAUAUUAUACAGUAUUCUAAUGUAAUAAAGGAUUUCUUUUUGCAGAAUCA